CGUGCCUCCCCAGCCGCGGCAGACCUGCUGGUUGAUGCGGAGCUUUGAUGAGUUGAACCGGCGAUGAGCAGGUUUCUGCAAAACGCGGUUCCGGCCGGAGCAGAAAGCGACAGCAGUAAUGAUGAAUGGGACAUUGGACAUCCUUCAAAUAAAGAGUCCAGCCAUGACCAGAUGUAUUCACAGGAUGGCAACACAACUGUACCAGUUUUAGAUGAUGUAUCCAAGUUAAAAAAAGCCAUCAGCGAAGGCGAUACACGGACUGUUGCGCAGCUGUUGGAUAAUGGCAUGGAUGUGGAGACGAGGCUGGGCUUUGAGUGGACUCCUCUCAUGUGUGCUGCCCAUUUUGCCAACUAUGAUUUGACCAAACUGCUUCUGGACAGAGGGGCCAGUGCCAAUUUCAGCAAAGAUCAGUUCACAGUGCUCAUGGCCUGCUGCACAGCAUCUGCCAGCGAGGACAGAAUUAUGCAUUGUGUGGAGCUUCUGCUGUCCAGAAAUGCUGACCCCAACAUGUUGGACAGGUCCCAUAUGACCUGCCUGAUGCUAGCUGCCAGGGAUGGCUACAGUAAGGUCAUCAACCUGUUGGUGUCCCACAAGGUGGAGAUCAAUGCAAAGAAUUCUGGUGGAUACACGGCCUUGGCAAUAGCAGUGCAGUAUGGCAGAGAAGAAGCUGUCCUAAAGCUGCUGCAGCUGGGAGCUGACAAAACAAUCAAAACCAAUGAUGGCAAGAGUCCUGCCAACCUGGCAAACUUGUUCAAACACCACCAGAUAGCCAGGAUUCUGGCCUUUACAUCUCAGGGCUACACAACACAAAGCUCCAGCUCCAACGAGGAGACCCUCCUCAAGUUCUUCAAAACUGAAACUCAGUCUCCAGUAUCCAAUGAGAGAACAGCCAAACUGGGUGACACUGAGCUUUUCCUGCAUGGCCUUGAUCUUGGCCACCUCACUGACAUCAUCACUGAAAAUGACAUCACCUGGAGCUACCUGUUGACCAUGAAGAAGGAUGACCUGGAGAAGAUUGGUAUCACAGCUCCAGAGGACCAGCAGAAGCUGCUGAGCGCACUGCAGCAGAUGCACAUGGACAGUGUUGACCUGGAUACCCUCAGCCAGCUGGAAGACAUUGACAGCGGGACUGAGGAGUUGUACAACUUCCUGAUUAGUCUGAGGCAGCAGUCCUGCCACCUGACUGAGACGAUCCGAGAUGUCAUCAGCCGUUUCCCCAGGCAUUCCUCUAAGCUCGUCUUCUCCCUGGACCCGAAGAAGGAGGCCCAAGCCCUCUGUAGCCAGCUGGUGGUUCAGACUGGAGACCUGCAGAAGGAGAUCAUCUGCCUCCACAAUCUGCUGUGCCAGAUGGACGAGGCCGGAGAUGGCUUUCAGCUUCCCCAGCCUCGUUCCCACAGCAACCAAAGGAUGCGGCUCCUGACCACAGUUGCACUGAGCACACUCGGAGCCGGCCUCCUUUUCCUCCUCUGCAGAACUACCAGUGGCGGGGUUUAGCUGCAGAUGCUCAGGAAUAUCUCCUAAUCAGUGAGAUAGUUGUGUAACCAAGUCAGUUAAUGAUUAUAGUUUUUUGUUUAAAGAUUAUAGAUGUAAGUGUCCAAUUAUAUCAAAUAUAAUUAAGAUGUUUUGGACAAGAUUUCAGCAAGAGAGGUCAUACUAAUUUCUGCUGCUGUGGUAAAUGUUAGGUUUUGUUUCCCACCUUGUUCUGGUUUGUUUUUGAGUUUAAUUCUUGUUUUUAUUUACCUUCUAAAGGGCUUAAGGGCUUUAAUGAAAAUAAAAGUUUGAAUCAGGA